AUGGCUUCAUCAGCUUCCGAAGGAAAACAUGAUGAUCUCUGUCUAGCAUGUGGAAAGGUGGAAUCCGACGACGUCGAUUGGGUCCAAUGCAAGAAUUGUGAGCGGUGGGCACACUUUUCAUGCGUUAACGUAGACGAGAAGAUAGUCGAAGUGGAUUGGCUUUGCCCACAAUGCGUCCCUAAUGUCCAGUCGUUAUCCGUUCCGAAGCAGUCGAAGAAGAGUUCGAAAAAGAUCUCGAAAAGUGACGUUGGUUCUCAUCGUGGAACUGGUUCUGUCCUAAAUCUUACUGAGCAGCAGUUAGAGGAAGAACAGCUCGCACGUGAAACGGAAUUCGCGAAGCAGAUGGAGAUUCGAAGGAAGCGAAUUGCGCUUGAAAUGGCUUGGAACGAGAAACAGAUGGAACAAGAACGAGAGAUUCGAAAAAUGGAAUUGCAGGCUCGGCGCGAAAUGCAAAAUCGGCAGCUAAUGGAAGAAAACCAAAUGUUGGAAGCUCAGUUGGCGGAUGAGCAGAAUUUUAUAAAACAACGUGAUGAAAUUCGGGCUAAAAUGAACAGAAGUAUCCAAAACGUCAGAACGGAAUUAAAAAACGCAAACGGUGUUGGAAGAACGUUAGAGCCGGAGAAAACAAAAACGGUAAAUGACUGGUUGAAAAGACAAGAUAGCUGCGAUAAUCAAGAGCAUGGAAGAAGCGAAAAUGUAGUGGGAAUGGGAACUUCGAAUAGAAUAAAUGAAAUCGUUGAAGGUCCCGCCUCACUUGCUAGUGGAGAAGCUGAACGCGAAUCUGACUUUGGUGAUGCAAACUCGAAUGUUCGAAUAAAUACCCUUCCAGCUAACAGAUUCGGUGAAGGAACGGUGAACCAGGUUGCUAGGCUCACUCCGGAUCAAUUAGCGACUCGCAAGGCUAUUUGCAAUAGCUUACCCAAGUUUAAUGGAGAUGCUCAAAUCUGGCCACUUUUUAUCAGUAGCUAUGAUCAUUCGACUGCAGCUUGCGGGUACAACAAUUUAGAAAACCUUAAGCGCUUGCAAGAUAGCCUUGAAGGUGAUGCUUUGAACGCAGUUCGCAGUAUGUUAGUGCUUCCAGACUCAGUACCAGAAGUUAUUGAGGAUUUACGUAGGCUUUUCGGGCAACCGGAAAAGUUAAUGAGGACGUUGUUUGAAAAAGUAAAACACGCUCCAGCUCCAAAAGCCGAUAGAUUAGGCACGUUUAUUUCAUUCGGCAUCACAGUGAAACAGCUUUGCGACCAUCUAGAGGCUGCGCGAUUGAAUGACCAUUUAAAUAACCCUAUGAUGGUGCAAGAGCUAGUGGACAAGCUACCGCCAAGCUACAAGCUGGAAUGGGUCAGAUUUAAACGAGGAAGAGAAGGCACGCCUUUAAGAAAAUUCACUAAUUUCAUCACCGAGAUCGUUGCGGAUGUAUCCGAAGUGGCAGAUUUCUCCGUGGCCGAAAAGGACCAAAUGCGACCUGCCAGGACAAGCCCGAGUAAAAAGGAGUAUGUACAUUUACAUGAUUCAGGGCCAGAGCGAAGCGCCACUUCACAAGGCGGAACAUUCAGCAAGGCGUGUUGGAUUUGCAAUAGAACGGAUCACAUGAUCAAAUUCUGUGACGACUUCAAGAAAAUGAACCUAGCGGAUCGCUUGAAAGCGGUCGAACGAGAAAAGUUGUGCGGUAUUUGUCUGAACAAACACGGUAGCCACCGGUGUAAUUCUAAGAUUCGCUGUAAUAUCAAGAAUUGUAGAGGAAACCACCAUCCUCUUUUGCAUCGCGCAGAAGGGACGGUCCAGAUGCAGAAGGUCGUAUGCAACACGCACGAUGAAGGAAGAACAGUAAUUUUCCGCGUAGUACCAGUAACGCUGCACGCUGGAAAUAACAGAUUUGAUACACUAGCUUUUCUUGACGAGGGAUCGUCCACGACUCUUGUGGAUGAAAUAGUAGCGAAUCACCUACAAGUGACCGGCAAAUCUGAGCCGCUUAUUGUUACGUGGACUGGAAACGUUAACCGUUUUGAAAAUAGUUCACGAAAGAUAGAAAUUUCAUUAUCAGCGAGAGGUUCAAAGCGAAUGUUCCCAUUAGCAAAUGUACGAACGGUUGCGAAACUAGACUUGCCGAAACAGGAGCUGCGAUUUUCACAAAUAGCGGGCAAAUAUAAGCAUUUGGAAGGUGUACCCGUGCUAGAUUAUCCGUUGGAACAACCGACAAUUCUCAUUGGGUUAGACAAUGUACAUUUAUUUGCACCACUAGAAUCGCGGGUUGGUGCAAAGAAUGAACCGAUUGCUGUACGUACGAAAAUGGGUUGGACCAUCUAUGGGCCAGAGAAGAAUAAGGCGGGGCCGAAGGCCUAUUUGAAUCUACACUCGACUUUACCAGUCAGUAACCAACAAUUGCACGAUAUGCUGCAGACCCAGUACGUGCUGGAUGAAACCGGUGUGUCGUGUUUCGCUAUCCCUGAGCCGAAGGAAGAUAUGCGAGCGAAGGAUAUUCUCAAAACGACGACGAAGCGAGUGGGAAAGCAUUUCGAAACCGGGUUAUUAUGGCGCGAGGAUAAACGACGUUUUCCGGAUAAUUAUUCAAUGGCUGUGCGCAGAAUGCAAGCCCUGGAACGUAAGCUAAGCAAAACCCCAGCGUUGAAACAGAACGUGUGUCAGCAAAUUGUGGAUUACCAAGUCAAGGGAUAUGCGCAUAAAGCGACGGAAUCAGAGCUCACUGAAACGCCGCCUGAGGCUGUAUGGUAUUUACCGCUAAAUGUUGUUGUGAACCCACGGAAGCCUGAAAAGGUGCGCCUAGUAUGGGACGCGGCUGCAUCGAUUGGUGGUAUUUCCCUUAACUCGGAGCUUAUAAAAGGGCCGGAUAUGCUUGUGCCACUCCCCAGGGUGAUAUGUCACUUCCGAGAACGUCCUGUCGCAUUCGGAGGUGACAUUAAAGAAAUGUAUCACCAGAUACUAAUUCGACAGGAGGAUAAGCAAGCGCAGCGUUUUCUAUUCAGAGCGAGCUCGGCAGAGGCCCCGCAGGUAUAUAUUAUGGAUGUGGCCACCUUCGGGUCCACCUGUUCGCCUUGCCAGGCACAAUAUGUAAAAAAUCGGAACGCGGAAUCAUUCGCGGAAAAUUACCCAGAAGCAGUGGAAGCGAUUAUCAGUCGGCACUAUGUUGACGACUAUUAUGACAGCGUUAACACCACGGAAGAGGCAAUCAAAAGGGCCGAAGAAGUUAAAUAUAUUCAUUCGCAGGCUGGGUUUCAUAUUAGAAACUGGGUUUCAAACUCAGCUGUGUUUCUAGAGCAUUUUGGCGAGGGGAUUGCGGAUUCGACUGUGCAUUUCAACCGGGACAAAGGUACUGAAUAUGAACGCGUGCUUGGCGUCGUUUGGGAGUCGACUGAGGAUGUUUUCUGUUUCGCAUCAGCCUCGAAGACAGAGUUUUCCGAGAUUCUACAGGGAAAUGAAUGUCCUACAAAAAGAAUGGUUCUUAGCUUCGUGAUGGCGCAAUUCGACCCGGCGGGCUUCCUGGCGCCGCUCGUUGUUCGGGGGAAGAUGCUAGUACAGGAUUUAUGGAGAUCUGGCUGCGAAUGGGACGACCGCAUUGAUGAUGUUUCAUUCAAAAAAUGGAUGCGGUGGACGCAACUUAUGCGUCAGGUUGAAUUAAUCAAAAUUCCACGAAGCUAUUUUGGCAACGCAAUGUCGCACGAGAUACAGGAUCUACAGCUGCAUAUUUUUGCAGACGCCAGUGAGACCGCAUACGGUUGUGUGGCCUACUUUCGGGCGAUUAUACGAGAGCGGGUAAGCUGCGCAUUAGUCAUGAGUCGCUCGAAAGUGGCUCCAUUAAAGCAAAUAUCAAUUCCUCGCCUCGAACUUUUGGCUGCGGUUCUAGCCGCACGGCUUCAGCGAACGGUGGUUGAGAACCAUACGUUCACUAUAAACAAAGUGGUCUACUGGAUCGAUGCAAAUGUAGUUCUAUCGUGGAUUAGAUCCGACCAGCGCAGAUACAAGCCAUUUGUAGGAUUUCGGAUUGGCGAGAUUCUUAGCUUAACGAAACUGGACGGGUGGCGGUGGGUGCCCACCAGGCUUAAUGUUGCCGACACACUGACGAAGUGGGACUGUGAUUUGGAGUUUCAUUCUGAUAGUUCAUGGGUGCACGGUCCAGCCUUUCUGUAUAAGAAAGAAAGCGAGUGGCCACAACGACAAUUACCGCCAGCAAACACGACAGAAGAGCUGCGUGUACAUUUAUUGUUGCACAACGUGGUUGUGCCCGAAGAUAUCAUUAAUGCAAAUAACAUAUCCAAAUGGCCGGUUUUAGUACGCGCUGUAGCUUCCGCUUUACGAUUCAUAUCGAAUUGCAAACGAAAGAGCAAAGGCCUUCCAAUCGAACUAUUAAAGGCGACUAACAAUCAAGCGAAAUUGUUGCAAUUUGCGGUUGCGGGCAGAGUACAUGUCCCGUUACAGCAAAGUGAGUACCAGAAGGCAGAAGAGGUUCUACUAAAAAUGGCUCAGACACAAUGUUUUAUCGACGAGCUGAAAGUGCUGAAAAGAAAUAAAGAGUUUCCCGUCGAUCAGUGGCUUGCAUUCGAGAGGAGUAGUCCAUUACAUAAGUUAACUCCAAUGUUAGACGAAAUCGGUUUGAUACGAAUGGAAGGCCGAUCUGCGCCUCACAUGGGAGGCGUCUGGGAGCGUCUUGUUCGCUCGGUAAAGGAAAUUUUAAAGACUCUCGACGACGGAAAACAGUUAACCGAUGAAAUAUUAUGGACUGCUUUAGCGGAAGCAGAGGAUAUAAUAAAUUCACGCCCGCUUACCUUCAUUCGAUCGACCGGUAAGUCAACCAAUAUCUUCAUCACCACAUCCAGCAAGCACGUUGCGGGAUGCUUUCCAACGGUCUCAGGAGUUAGUAUGUAUGAUAUGGAAACGUUGGAUCAGCGAGUACGUUCCGUCCUUGAACCAAAGGUCGAAAUGGUUUAA